AUCGUGAUAUGAGUUGUAUGAGCCCCCCAAUAAAAUGAUUUUUUAAAAGUAGAUUAUGAAAUAAUAUAAGUAGAAUAGGGAUUAACAAUAAAUUUAUGAGCUGUAAGCACAUGAUGGUAUUCGAUAAAAACUAAUGAACGUACCACCAGAGGACUCAACAGAUGAUGUUUGUAUGGAAGAAUGUCAUGUAAUGUAUACACCUACAAAGGAAAAUUAAACUAAAUGUUUAAUAAAUUCGAUAAGCUAUUUCCACAGUAAAAAGUCAUAAUAAAAUGGAAACUACACAGAAUAAGGAGAGGGGUCAAAAGAUUGUACAUAUGUUAAAGAUGAUUGCUUUCCUUUCUUUUUGUAUUUAUUGCUUUUUCUUUUUUUGUGUGAUUGGGUUCAGUCUAAUAUAACACUUUAAGUACCAUGCUUUUUGAUGACGGGUGUAUUGGGAGAGUUCUUUAAUUAGAGUGAGUAUGAAAGUUUCAAAUGGAUAUGAAGAGUAAGGUUUUGCUGUGAAAUGAAGCGGGGCUGUUUUGUGAAUGAACUUUGCUAGCUGAAUGUAUCUGACACCUGUGUAGGUUGUCUAUGAAGGUGAACAGGGAUGUGUUUGAUACAAGCAGUGUACGUUAUUGAAGUCAUCUAUGACAUCCUGUUUUCUCCCCAUCCCAAUGUUUACCUAGCCUAGAAGAGUGUGCUCUAAUACCCUUUUUGUUUCCCUGAUCAUUUUAGCAGCGUCACCCUACACACCAGAAAGCUGGCGGGCACUAUGGGGAAAAAACAAAACAAGAAGAAAGUGGAAGAGGUGCUAGAAGAAGAGGAAGAGGAAUAUGUGGUGGAAAAAGUUCUCGACCGCCGAGUAGUAAAGGGCAAAGUAGAAUACCUCCUAAAGUGGAAGGGCUUCUCAGAUGAGGACAACACGUGGGAGCCUGAAGAGAACCUGGAUUGUCCUGACCUUAUUGCUGAGUUUCUGCAGUCACAGAAAACUGCGCAUGAGACAGAUAAGUCAGAGGGAGGCAAGCGCAAAGCUGACUCUGACUCAGAAGAUAAGGGGGAGGAGAGUAAACCAAAGAAGAAGAAAGAAGAGUCGGAAAAGCCACGAGGCUUUGCCCGGGGUUUGGAGCCAGAGCGGAUUAUUGGAGCUACAGACUCCAGUGGAGAACUCAUGUUCCUGAUGAAAUGGAAAAAUUCUGAUGAGGCCGACCUAGUCCCUGCCAAGGAAGCCAAUGUCAAGUGCCCACAGGUUGUCAUAUCCUUCUAUGAGGAAAGGCUGACGUGGCAUUCCUACCCCUCAGAGGAUGAUGACAAGAAAGAUGACAAGAACUAACUCACAUGACUGUGGGUUUACAGAGGGGAGGGGAGGAGUUCUACUUGUCCUGACACCAUAGAAGUGGCUUGAGAAAAUGUCCUUUGAAGAGCCAGUAUAGUUUCUGUGCCCUGCAGCAAGCAGCCGAGUGCUUUCGAGCUGCCCCAUGCUGUAGAGAGCGCACACCCAUCCCAGUGCAGGGGAAGCAGAUAAGUGUUCCAAGGCAACCCGUUCUGCACUUUGCUGAGAAACGCAAAGGCCUUCUAUGAAGGACAAAGCUUGCAGAGUGGAUAUGUGUGGGGAGCAAAGAAAUAACUCUAGAUCUUCAGAGAGCAUCCCCACAACCCCCAGCCUUCUUCCCAAUAGUGUUAACUCUGCAUUUUUACAGCGUAGCAUGUGUGUCAUUUUUGGCUAUAACUGGUGUAUUAUUUGGG